UGUAUGUUACGAUAGUGGAGCGCCAAUUUAAGCUCAAAAUGGCAGCGCCCACAAAUACAUUUUCAGUUUUUGCGCAAAAUGAUAUGAAAAUAACAAAAAUGAAGCUUAAGAAAGGACAGAAAGUGUCAAAAGGAACUUUAGUUUGCUUGUAUACUUCUGGAACAGAUGUCAUUCAAAAAUUGAAAUCGAGUGAUAGUGGAAUCGUAGCCGAAGUAGUGGCCAAGGAAGGUGGGGAGAUUAAAAAAGGGGCAGUGUUGUUUACAGUACAGGAAUGCAACCAUCCCACCGUGAUGAAAGAUAUGUGUGCAGAUUGUGGAGCUGACCUUAGAAUUGAGAACUCAACUGCUGGAAACAGGAAGGAGGAAGUGAGUGCCUCUGUUGCCAUGGUUCAUAGUAUUCCAGAACUUAUAGUUAGUGAACAGCUAGCACAAGAGUUGGGGAAAGCAGAUGAGGAAAGACUGAUAAAGACCAGGAAACUCGUGCUGUUAGUGGACCUUGAUCAAACGCUUAUACACACAACAAAUGAUAACAUACCUGCUAAUUUAAAGGAUGUUCAUCAUUAUCAGUUAUGGCAUGGAAAUCAGUUACUGUGGUACCAUACAAGACUCCGCCCACAAACAGAGACUUUUCUGAAGAAUAUCUCACAACUCUUCGAGCUUCAUAUUUGUACCUUUGGUUCUAGAAUAUAUGCUCAUACAAUAGCGAAGAUCUUGGAUCCAGAGGGAAAAUAUUUUUCACAUAGGAUUCUAUCUAGAGAUGAGUGUUUCAAUGCUCAGUCAAAAACAGCCAAUUUAAAGGCUUUAUUUCCAUGUGGAGAUGCUAUGGUGUGUAUUAUAGAUGACAGAGAAGACGUCUGGCAUUUCUCACCAAAUCUUGUUCAUGUUAAGCCAUACAGAUUCUUUCAAGGUACAGCUGAUAUAAACGCACCACCUGGUCUUACCAAAACAGAGCAUGAUAGUGAGGCUUUAGUUCACAGAGUGAGAAAAAUAUCACAGUCUAGCACAGGUAGUAAUGAUGAAAAAUCAGAUGAAGCUCAGUCUAAAACAGGAAGUUGUAGUGAAAAAACAGUUGCACAGUCUAAUAAAAAAAGUAAUAAUGAAAAGACAGCAGAAGAUUCUCAAAGUGCGAUGAACCCAAAUGAUGGGAAUGAACCUGAAGAAGUAAAAAAUGAAAAAGAGACAAAAUGUGAUAUUGAUGAGGCAAAGAUAGAAACAGGUGAUGAAACUAAAACAGAAAAUGUGAGUGAAAAGAACACUGAUAACACUACAGCUAAAGUAGAUGAAGACUCUAGUGAAACUAAAACAGAAAAUGUGAGUGAAAAGAAUACUGAUAAUGCUACAGCUAAAGUAGAUCAGGACUCUGGUGAAACUAAAACAGAAAAUGUGAGUGAAAAGAACACUGAUGAUGCUACAGCUAAAGUAGAUCAAGACUCUGGUAAUGAAUCUGACAGUGAAAAAAUCAAUAAAAGCAUUGAGACAGAGAAGAAAGUAAGCAACAUGGAGACAAAUGAUUCUGUGGAUGCUGAAACUGAUAAAAGUGAUAAAAAAUCAAAACCUGAUGAAACAAAAAUGAAAGAAGGUGGUACUGGGAACAAGGAAAGUGGGGAUUUAGAAACUGAUAAUAAAGAUGAAAUAGAAUUGAUAGAAUGGGAUGAUGAAGAUGAUUAUUUAUUUUACUUGGAGGAAAUCUUAAAAACAAUUCAUUCAGCUUUCUAUAAAUUCUAUGAUCAGAUAAAAGAUAAAGGAUCUGAAGAGAAGGAAACUCAGGAAAAAGAAGAAAAGCCAAGCUUAAAAAGUCUCAUUCCAUAUAUUAAGAAAAAAGUACUCAAAGGCUGCAAUAUUGUUUUCAGUGGUGUCAUUCCAACAAACAUGCCACCUGAAAAAAGCAGAGCGUACAUUGUAGCUAAAGCUUUAGGUGCCAAUAUUCACACAGAUUUUAAGUCAAAACAUAAUGAAGACAAUCCUGAAGAGUUUACAACGCAUCUUGUUGCUGCCAGACCAGGUACAAGUAAAGUACGAACUGCAAUGAAGUAUAAACAUGUGAAAAAAGUAAACCCUGAUUGGUUGUGGUCUUGUUCAGAGCGCUGGGAGAAGGUAGAGGAAAGUUUGUUUCCAAUACCAGCAGCUUCAGACACAGAUGAACAAGGUAGAGACAGUCCUGAUAUUUCCAAGCUUCAGAAAGAUUCAAAACGAAAGAGGCAGCAGGAAACAGAAGAAACUAGUGAAAAAGACUCGAAACGAAUGAAGAAAGUCGAUUCAUCGGAUAGUCUUAAAAAGGAUUUCGAUGAAACUGAAGUUUUUGACAAUGAUGAUGAAAAUGAACAACCAAAUGGCUCAGGUGAUAAUGAGAAGAAACGUAAUUUUUCUAUGUCAUACAAUCCAAUGUUAGCAUUCUCAGAUGAUGAUCUUGCAUACAUGGAUAAAGAAGUUGAAGAUGAAAUGGAUGAUGAUAAUGAUGAAAGUUCUGAAGAUGAAGAAUUACGAGAGUCUCGUUUCAGAAAACAAGUGCUUAAAAAGAAAGAUAAUUUAGAUGACUCGAGCAGUGAAGAUAGCUUGACUGGCAAUACACCAAGAGGUUGGGGUCUGAAAAAGAAAAUGUCGCCCAAAUCUUCUUCAGAUGAUGAACUGAAGGUCUCAAGCUCACCUGAUCAUGACGUAGGACCAGAGUAUGAAAGUGAAACUGACCAAGAUAAAUUUGAUAAAAUAAUGGAUGCGUUUGGACCUGAAACAGAAAAUUCAGAGGAUGAAUAUCAAGAAUCCAUUGGCUCGGUUGAUGAAGAAAUUGCAGAUGCUGUGAUGAAAGAAUUUUUGUCAUAGGAAUAAAUGUUUAUGUUGACAUGGUUAAAACUAAGACAAAUUUUAAUAUGGCAGUCAAUUUAUUAACCUGUGUAGAGAUAAAUAAGAGUAAUGUAAGAAAAUUAUUCGCGAGUUUUUUAUAAAUAACCAACUAAAAGGUUUUUAACUAAGAAAGACGUUAUCUGAAGAUUUCAUGGGUGAAAGUUUUUCUGAUUGUUGACCUGAACCAGGGUUUCCAAAACCGAAAAACACUUGUAUUUCUCUACAGUUCUUGAAAAAUAAUUGUUAAGUUUCAGAAUUUUUAUCCUUGAAACUUUUACCCAUAAAAUUCAUGUGCCUGGUACCAAUUAACUCCCUUUUCUCAAGUAAUUCUGAAAAAAUAAGUAUUGAAUUAGAUAAUCCUUUUAGAUAGAAAAUGCUACUGAAUUUUCUCUCUUACACUUUACAUGAAAAAGGAAAUUCAUGAUUAAGUUUGAACCAAUGUUUAUAUAUGUAAUCUGCUGAGUCAUUGUGUCACACCAAAUUAAUAAUUGUGAUAGUUAUUCCAUUUCAUAAUGGAUAAUAAAAACAUUUCUAUGUUAAGUAACAUUUCAUUGUUUAGUAACAUUUAUGUUUCAAGUGCUAUUUGAUUUGUGGAAUUACAAUAAGUAUUGCCAUUUUGUUUGUGAGUGAGUAAGCAAAUAAAUACAUGUAUUUGACAUGAAUAUAUGU